GUGGCGCAGCGCGUGAUUGAAGAUGACUGUGACAUUCGGGGCGGAGAUGAAUCUUAAAAGACAUUAAGAAGAGAGGAUGAAGAUGAUCGUAUAGAAAAUAUCACGUGUGGAGAAACUGGAUGUUGGUUUAAAUGCUCAGAAUUUAUAGCCUCCAGCUGGAAGGGAGGGGAAAGUAAAACUUCAUGAGAAGCAGCAGUCUCUUAUUUUCUGGAUCAAGCAGAAGGGACGGAUCAUGGAGGGACCCCCUCAUGCUGACAACUGAUGAAGACUAGGCAACAAUCAACCUCGCCGGGAGAGCAACUGCUGUAGCGUUUCCUAUUCAUCAUCAUCAUCAUCAUCAUCAUCAUCAUCACCAUCAUCAUCCUCAGUAGCAGCAUCAUCAGCAUCAUCAUCGUCAGUUCGAGCUGCACGCACCUCACUUGCUCCACAUCCUUGGGGCCACGAGAGCGCCAGAGCGCAAAGAUGAACAUCCAAGUCCUGCCUGAGCACAAACUGUCCUCGGUGGCCCCGUUGAAACAGUUUAACAUGGAGAAAAAGGAAGUGGAGCUGAUCCUGGUGAAGGAGCAGAAUGGGGUCCAGUACACGAACUCCUCUGUCGUGGCUUCUCCAAGCUCCCGCGGCUGCAGCCCCGGCUCCGCUGAUGAUGUGGUCAGGGAGACCUGGGGCAAGAAAUUGGACUUUCUGCUCUCUGUCAUAGGCUUCGCUGUGGACCUGGCCAAUGUGUGGAGGUUCCCCUACCUGUGUUACAAAAAUGGAGGAGGUGCCUUUUUGAUCCCAUACGUUCUGUUCCUUGUCAUUGCUGGGAUGCCCCUGUUCUACAUGGAACUUGCCUUGGGUCAGUUUAACAGAGAGGGAGCAGCUACGGUUUGGAAGAUCUGCCCUGUAUUUAAAGGUGUUGGGUACACUGUGAUCAUCAUAGCAUUGUAUGUGGGCUUUUACUACAACGUCAUCAUAGCCUGGUCAUUGUAUUACUUAUUUGCCUCAUUGACGAGUGAGCUGCCCUGGCUUGGGUGUAAACAUUCAUGGAACAGCCCCAACUGCACAGAACCACAACACAUCAAUGGCACUAUCUUGGGUAACAGAACCUCCUAUUCCAAGUUCAAGAACACACCAGCCGGAGAGUUCUACGAGCGUGGGGUGCUGCACAUUCAUGAGAGUAGAGGCAUUGAUGACCUGGGUCUUCCUCGCUGGGAGCUCGCUAUCUGCCUUAUUGUGGUUGUCUUCAUCCUGUACUUCAGCCUGUGGAAGGGAGUCAAGUCCUCAGGAAAGGUGGUGUAUGUUACAGCUACUAUGCCCUACAUAGUGCUGUUGGUGUUGCUGAUUCGAGGCAUCACUCUCCCUGGUGCAAUGAAUGGAAUUAGGGCAUAUCUCCACAUUGACCUAAAGAAGCUCAAUAAUCCUCAAGUAUGGAUUGACGCAGCUACUCAGAUAUUCUAUUCUCUAGGAGCUGGGUUUGGAGUCCUCAUUGCCUUCGCAAGCUACAAUAAAUUUGAAAAUAAUUGCUACAGGGAUGCUAUUCUGACCAGCACAAUAAACUGUGUAACCAGUUUCAUCUCAGGGUUUGCCAUCUUCUCAGUACUGGGGUAUAUGGCUAAUCAGCAUCAGGUCAACAUAAAGGAUGUGGCCACUGAGGGAGCUGGACUGGUUUUUAUUAUCUACCCAGAAGCGAUCUCAACCCUACCUGGAGCCACAUUCUUCGCGAUAGUCUUUUUCAUUAUGCUUUUGACUCUUGGAAUUGACAGUGCUAUGGGUGGCAUGGAGGCAGUGAUCACUGGGCUAUCAGAUGAUUUCAAAAUCCUGAAGAGGAAUAGAAAAUUGUUUACAUUUAUUGUAGCAUUUGGGACAUUCCUAAUGGCCCUUUUGUGCAUCACAAAUGGAGGGAUCUAUGUGUUGACCCUGUUGGACAAGUACGCUGCAGGGACGUCUAUUCUAUUUGGGGUGCUGAUUGAGGCCAUUGGAGUAUCUUGGUUCUAUGGCGUGGACAGAUUUAGUGAGGACAUUGAACGCAUGACAGGCUUCAAACCAGGGAUCUACUGGAGGCUCUGCUGGAAGUACGUCAGUCCAACGUUCUUACUGUUUGUGGUAAUCGCCAGCAUUGUUACCUCCGGUGAAUUGAGAUAUGAUGACUAUGUUUUCCCUGACUGGUCAAACAUUGUGGGCUGGUUCAUUGCCUUGUCCUCAAUGCUGUGUGUACCAAUCUACGCCAUCUACAAAUUCCUUACUUUGCCAGGCACCUUCAAGGAGAGGACAGCGUACUGCAUUACUCCAGAACAUGAAUAUCACAUGGUGAUGGAGGGUAAUGUCAGGCAGUAUAAGCUCAGACAUUGGUUAUCCAUCUGAUGAAGGGGUCAGGUGGGAGUGACCUCUCAAAUGCUACUUGAAUACUGGAGAAGAUAUGGUGUGUGAGAGAGAGAAGUUUCUGCAAAGGUCUUUUACCGUUUGAAAAGUGUCCCGAGAAAAGGACAGAAUGAAGCAAAAGCUUUCUGCAUUUCCCAACCACACACUGUAUUGUCCAGUCUGCUCCAUUUGUGUUCAGUGGUUGACUAGACUUUUUUAUAUUGUAGGGCAAAAUAAAUGUUGCGGCUCCUUAUUAAAUCAUACCCUUAGGUUUUAGUCUGAACUCUCAAAAGACUUCAAAAUACAUUAAUUUGGGGGUAAAACAGGUAUCUUUUAAGAUGUUUUAUAUAUAUAUAUAUAUAUAUAUAUAUAUAUAUAUAUAUAUAUAUAUAUAUAUAUAUAUGGUUAUAGGUCUUUGUGUAUGAAAAUGUAAGCAGAAAAACACCUUGAAACUAUAUUAUUCUGUGUAGCUGGGAAGGUGAGUAUGAGAGUGUGACGGGUUAACUUAUACCCUAUUUCAUAGUGUAAGUUGUAGAGGUUUACGUAACACACUGAGAAAUGGAAACCCCCUUGAUAUUCCCGGAAAUCUUUCAUGCCAUAUAACAGGUUUGGAGCAUUUUGAGUCGUUGCUACAGUACAUGUUAGAGCGCAGCUGUGAGUUUCUCACAUUUUACCUUGUUUCCCAAGAAUGGUUUGCAACAGCUGGCUUACAUCAAGGGUCUACCAAGCAUUUUUUCAAGCACAUCUUUUCCCUUUUUGACAUAUCUCACAAAGCAGACAUACACCACUGUGUCAGUGCCUUAUCUAGCCAUGAACUUCCUGUCAUUAAGUAACUCAUCCUCAUGAAGAAAGACUAAAGCAUCUCAUUGAGAGAGAGUCUCAAUUAACUCCAUGCCAAAGGACGCUCAAUUUACGCUCAUAGCUUUCAAAAUGAACUGAGAUCCAAUGAUCUGCCUCAAGUAGAGCUUAAGAGCUCUUCUUUUGUUAUAGUUCAAUAUUAAAGAAAAGGGAUUUUUUAGUGUUUCGAGUCAAUGGAUCAACUUUUAUGCUUUACUUAUGGCCUUGGAUCAGAGCAGCAAUUAUUAUUGUGACAAAUUCGCUACCUUGCACAAGACAUUUUUGCCCCUUCGGGAGAUUCAAAGCAUCAGAUCAAAGACAAAGAACAUUAUAUUUUAAACUCAAGAAAGUCCAGCUGACCAUGUACAGCAGCAAUGUUCAAAUACACUAGGCAGGGGUUUAGCUUCUGUUUGACAUGAUAUUGGAAAUCUUUUUACACUAUACACUGACAAUUCAAUUAAUUGAGCUCUUGUGGUACAACCCCAUUAUAAUGUGGUCCCUUUGAGCAUUUUAUGCCUUGUAUGGAAUGUGUGUUUGUGUGUCUGUGUGCGAGUAUAGAUAACAGAUUAGGUCUCUUAGGUUUUCAAACUAGUUAAAAUCAAUAGUCUAUAUGGUUGUCUUUGUCUCGAGAUGACGCAUACAUUUUGUGAUUCACUGUGGCUUUUUUGCUUGAAGGAAUUGUUUUAACAUUUUAAAGUGUCAAAAUCAACUCCCAUUAUGUUGGUUUGUGUUUUUUAUUUAUUUGUGUAGAAUCAUUUGAAAUACAAAAAAUGACAGAAAACAUGAUCACUGGUAGGAAGCAAGCAACAUAUGUGGAUUAUGACAUAUAAAGAGAUACAAAUAUAUUCUUUUGUUAUAUAUCUAAUAUUGUAUGUAACAAAUUCUUUAUAAAAUGUGAAUGUAAAACAUUUUAAACAAAGUGUCUACUGUUAUAUCAUGCUGUGUGAUGUCGGUAAAGAUAUAAAUAUUCAGAAAUGUAUUAUUCCGUGUAACCGGAGGUGAUGUAGCCACAUGAAUGUAAACGGAGCAGCUCUGGCAUUUCUGAGUGAUGCUUACAGAAUAAUGUGUACAACUACAAAACUGUCAUUUUGAUUGUAAGUGACAAACAUAUAUGAAAAAGUUCAAAUAUGCACACUAUAACAAUAAAGUCCUUACAAUACAUAUUGGGAAA